UCCCAAACAUGCCCCCAUCUUCCUUCAAUCUAACCGUAUAAAUAUACUUCCCUCUUUACCUACCGUUCUCUACUUGGCAUCUCCCUCUCAUUUCCCAUGGAUGCAAAUUCCCUGCAGAGCUAUCGGACCCUCUCACCUGUGCCCCGAAAGCAAUUAUUCCAUCCGCCGGCAACAGUUCGAGCCGUGGUAACGAGAACAGCAAGUGGUAUUAAUAGUAGCGGUUCUAAAAUUACAACCUCUUCCAAUUCCAAGAAUGUUUACCGGGAUAACUGGUUUGAUCGUUUGGCCAUCAACCAUCUCUCCCACUGUCUCCGAGCUGUCACAGGACUGGGAAGUGGAAAAAAUGGGUAUGAUGGACUUGUGGAAACCACAACAGCGGUUUACCGUAACAUUGAUUCGGCCCAACAGCAGAAAAUUGUGCUUCAAGCUCUGGAAAAAUCUAUACCCAAGCCCAUUCUUUUGCUGAUGAGAACAGUGCUUCCACAAACAACGUUUAUAAGAGAAUGUUGCGCCGCCUUCACCACAAUAUUUUUAACUUGGCUCGUGGGUCCCUGCGAGGUUCGGGAGGGAGACUUUAUGGAAAGGAAAGAAAAGAACACUGUACACGUUGUGAAAUGCAGGUUCUUGGAGGAGACCAACUGUGUAGGAAUGUGUACCAAUCUAUGCAAGAUACCAACUCAAACGUUCAUCAAGAAGUCCAUGGGAAUGCAUGUUAAUAUGGUCCCUAAUUUUGAUGAUAUGAGCUGCGAGAUGAUCUUCGGGCAGGUUCCUCCCUCUUCAUCGGAAGAUCCGGCAUUGAACCAGCCUUGCUACAAGUUAUGUAACUUGAAGAGAAAGCACCACCAAAAUUAUUGUAGCAACGAAUGAUUAUAAGUAUCGAAACAUAUAUGGAGACACAAGCAUAACCAAUAUUGCGAUGUCCGGUCCAAUGUUGCGCGUGGAGGAUUUAAACCCGAAUCUAAUCAUUAUCAAUCUUACUUCAUGUAGGAGGUCCGGGAGGAGUGAUAAUAUUGCGUAAUAGCGUUACAAGUAACGGUAUAUGAACAAAUGUGAUCGCUUUAAAUUAAACUUAUAACAGGCUU